CUUUUAUUUUGAAAGAGUCGGUCAGGUCAGCUGAUCUCUGACGGCUGAUCUUCGAAGAUAAAAAGGGACUUUUUAGUCGCCUUCCUCAGUCCAGUAAGAACAGUAGAAGCCAGCUCACGCAACAUGGCGACACAUCAUGAAGUGAAACCAAAGCCUGGGGACUUGAUAGAGAUCUUCAGGCCGGGCUACCAGCACUGGGCUUUGUAUGUGGGCGACGGCUUUGUGGUCCACCUGACUCCCCCCUCGGAGUGUGCAGGUGCGGGCCCCAGCAGCAUGAUGUCCAUCUUGGCGGACAGGGGCCUGGUGAAGAUGGAGGAGCUGUGGACGGUGGUGGGGAACGACCGCUACCGAGUCAACAACAUCCUGGAUGGCAAAUACCAACCCCGCCCAGUCUAUGUCAUCGUGGAGGAAGCCAGAAGGCUGGUGGGCCAGAUUGUGUCCUACUGCCUCAUCAGUAGAAACUGUGAGCACUUUGUCACCAACCUGCGCUACGGAAAACCAGAGUCCCGCCAGGUGCGCCAGGCGGCAGAAACGGCCGCAUGGACAGGUUUGGGCAUGGCCCUUGCAGCUGUAGCUCUGUUUGGACCGACUGGCGACAAGAACAAGAACAAGCACAAACAGUAACACACUGAUGGAAGAUUCACCAGCAGAGCCUUAGACACUUAAACAAUCAGAGGGCAUUACCAUACUACAUUUAUACACCUUUUAUAUGCUGCCAAUGUUAUGUUUAUAUCAAAUGAAGGGAAGCUUUUUUAUUAACCAACAGACAUUUACACUAUUUUAAUAACACUAAUAAAUCCUCCAUUUUACACGUAAAUUUGGAUUUGGAGAUAAUUUUAUACAAUGGAUUAAGAUGCUUUAUACAAGGCCCAUGGCAUCAGUCAAAACCAAUAAUCAUAUUUCAGAACCUUUUUUGUUCAAAAGAGGAGUAAAACAGGGAUGUCCUGCAUCUGGAUUAUUAUUUAAUUUGGUUAUUGAACUCUUAGCUGCAAAAAUAAGAAGUGAAAAUAAUACUCAUGGUAUAAAAAUUGGCUCUCAGUAUAAUAAGCUAUCGAUGUAUUGUGACGACAUAAUUUUUUUUACCUGUCACAUGUUAACUCCUCUCUUCUUUAUAUCAAUAAUGUCAUCACUGAAUAUGGCUGUUUAUAAGGGUAUAAAGUUAUUUGGGACAAAUGUGACAUAUUACCACUUAAUAAACACUGCAAGAAAUUACAAGUUCAGAACUCCAAAAUUAAAUUGUAUUGCAUUAUUA